CUUCGGUUCGCGGCCAGCUUGGAAAUGCUAUUCCUGUCACCAGAAAAGCCUGAUUGCCAGCAUGAUGACGCGUAAAACUCAGGUGUUGGCACCAUCCUCAAUUUAUCCAAAUCGUGGGGACAGCGAGAUUCCGCGCGUCCGAAACGAGCACUUCGUUGCAGAUAGAUACAUUGUGAGCGAACAAGCAGAAUUGGGUUCGACAGAGGUAGAUGUGGUGGAGAUACAUGUGAGGGCGUGGGCUGGAGGUGUGUGAGCAGGAUUUUGGGAUGUCGGAUGGUUUAGCUGGAGUUCUCGUCCACACUGUUUGAGGCUUAUUUAUUUGUUUUCAUUUUUUUGGUACGGAUUUGGUGAGACAGGAUGUUUAGGAGAUUCCUUGGUAUUGCUUGCAGUUGCGGGCACAGCGAGUGUGAUGCUACACAUGGAUUAUCUGCCGGGGCGGUAAAGAAGACAAUAUCAGGGCAUUUGGGCGGAGAAACUACAGCUAGGGCUUGGCUUGCGUGACAGGUUGCUAACAAAGCAGGAAUUCAUGGAUACGCCUGGUAAAGGACCUCUCCAAGCUGGUACCUCCCCUUCAGGAAAACAGCGCUCCAAUUUUAAAGGCUGCUGCAUCUUCUUCGUCCUUGUGGCUGCUGUAAUCCUCGUUGCAGCUGCUGUUCUCAUCCCAACGGUAUUGAUUCCGAGGCUGCGCGACAAGGAUAAACCUGCCGGACAUAUCAGCAAAGCGCUAGAUCGCAUUGCAUUAGCUUGUAAUAUAACGAGGUUUCCUGAUACAUGCAAGAGCACUAUCGUAGGCACUACCGCCGCUGAGUCUGACUCGAUCUGGAUCCCCAACUUGGCUGUGGCGGCUGCUACAGAUGCCGUUACUAGCAUUCUUUCGCGAUGCCGCGCCUACAACCUAGAUCCCGAAGUUAUAUUUAACGCGACUUACGGGAGCAUUGUGGAUGACUGUCUCGAGAUUCUGCAAUAUGGCCUUCAGUACUUAACGAGUUCGUCUGAGACACUCUCCAAGUUUCCGGGCCCAGAACAGAACCGUGAGCCGCCGAUUAACGAGCUCAGAACAUGGGUUAGUGGAGCACUCACUGUCACCGGAGCCUGCUCCGACACACUGUCACGAAUCCAGACCGUCAAGAGCGCACCUUUGCGACAGCAGGCGAACCAGACCUUCCAGGUUGUCAGCAACGCACUUGCAAUUGUCAACUCAUUCGCAGUAUACGGUGAUGAUUUGGAGAAGUGGCAACCAGCUUAUUUCUUAGGUAAUUCCCGUGGGCCUCUGUCAAAAUCUGCACGGCGUAUGUUGCUCUCUACUGAAGAUUCGCCACAGUUCAAGCUUCGCAGGAGCAAUCCUCUGUCGAUUUCAGGUGGAUCGUGUGAAAGUUCUCCGAAUCAUAACUCCUGUUCAUCUACGACUGGUUCCUCCUUGAAUGUUGCUGGUUCUCUUCCCAACUGGUUGAGAUCACAGGAUAGGAGACUAUUGCUCGAGGAAUCCUUUCCCAUUGCAAACAUUACAGUUGCCCAGGACGGUUCAGGCAAUUACACGACCAUUCAGGAGGCAGUGGAUGCUGCACCAAUCAACAGCAGCAUACGAUUUGUAAUCCACAUCAAAUCGGGCGUGUAUGACGAGGUGGUGAGGGUCCCCUUUCUAACGAAGAAUGUCAUGUUCCUGGGAGAUGGCAUCAAUCAAACCAUUAUCACAGGAAACCGAAGCGUGCAGAAUCCGAGCAUAACCACCUUCAAGUCUGCCACUGUCGGUGUGGCCGGAGAAGGCUUCAUGGCCAGGGGCCUUACGAUCCUGAACACGGCCGGCGCCGUAGCUCAACAAGCCGUAGCGCUCCGAGUCUCGGCAGACAAGAGCGCGUUGUGGCAAUGCUCACUGCACGGGUUCCAAGACACUCUCUGGGCACAUGCAUUUCGUCAGUUCUACAAAGACUGCACUAUCUCCGGCACCGUUGAUUUCGUCUUCGGAAAUGCCGCAGCAGUGCUGCAGAGCUGCACCCUUCUAGCGAGAGUCAACCUCCCUGGCAAACAGAAUGUGUUUACUGCGCAAGGGAGGACCGAUCCUGGGCAAUGGACGGGGUUCUCCAUCCAGGACUGCACGCUCGACGGAACGCCGGACCUGCUCCAACUGAAUUCUUCGUCACAACAACUCACUUACCUGGGGCGGCCCUGGAAGCAAUAUUCUCUGACUGUGAUCAUGAAGUCCUACAUGUCAGCCAUCAUUGACAGCGCUGGCUGGCUUCCAUACUCUGGUGACUUCGCUUUUACUACGCUGUUCUACGGGGAAUAUGGUAACACUGGACCUGGAGCCAAAACUGAAGCAAGAGUAAACUGGUCGACAGCAAUCACAGAUCCCGCAGUUGUCACCAAGUUUCAAGUUGGGCAGUUUCUUCAUUCCGCAACUUGGUUGCCCUCCACUGGCAUUCCUUAUACAGAUUCUUAGUAGCACCCUCAGUGGAUGUUACCCCUGAGUUCACUGUAGAAACCAUUAUAUUAGGCUAUUUAUCUGGAGUCGCCCCUUCUGUAGAUUAGUACAAAAAUGUAUGUAGAAGAUUUGGACUUGCGUGUGCGUGCAAAGAAUCCAUGUGGGUUGCCCGAGGUGCGUUAUUUUUCUUGAUAAGUUGAGAAAAUAAAUUAGAACACAGACACUUCGUUCACUUGUAGAUUAUGUCACCUUUUGCCUCCAACAUGAUUGCUGGCGAUCCAUUGCAGGGGUACCCUGGCAUGUAUUUAUACUGAAAUUCCUGAUAUCAUUUUCUUGGGUACGACAUUGCUUAGAGGGCAGUGCCGGGCUGAACGCUCAGUUGCCUGCA